CAAAAGAACACGUCUUCUCUCACUGUUGUUCCUGGUUGAAUAUCUCCGUCAUCAAGUCUCUGGAUGAUGUGAGCAAAAUGAAAGCUCACCAGGCGUUUGAUAAUAUGUUCAAGAGGAUUUCUCUGGUAUUCUUGAUCGGAAUCUUAGCCUGGGCAUAUCACAACACCUGUCCUCCACCACCAAGGCUCUGCGGUUCUCCCGGUGGCCCGCCGGUCACCGGACCUCGUGUCGUCCUCAGAGAUGGUAGACAUUUAGCCUAUAACGAAUACGGCGUCUCCAGAGACACAGCAAAGUAUAAGAUCGUUUUCGUCCAUGGAUUCAGUUCAUGCCGCUACGAUGCAUCAGUUUUCCAUCAGGAAUUAUUUGAAGAACUUAAGAUUUACAUGGUGACUUUCGAUAGACCGGGUUACGGCGAGAGUGAUCCGGAUCCGAAACGAACGAUUAAAAGUUUAGCUCUGGAUAUGGAAGAUCUUGCUGAUAAUCUGGAACUUGGUUCUAAGUUCUAUGUGAUCGGAUACUCCAUGGGUCAACAAGGAGGUUGGGGCAGCCUCAAGUAUAUCCCUCAUCGGUUAGCAGGAGUGGCAUUGAUUGCUCCCGUUGUGAACUACUGGUGGUCUAGUUUUCCAGCCAACUUAACGAUGGCGGCCUACAAGUUACAACCUCGGCAAGACCAAUGGGCGGUUGGGGUUUCGCACUACAUGCCGUGGCUGGUCUACUGGUGGAACACUCAGAACUGGUUUCCUGGCUCUAGCGUUAUAGCCGGAACACCCAAUUUCUCAGCUUCUGAUUGGGAACUCAUAGCCAAACAUCGUGACCAAGGGUCACCAACACCAAUUCCGAUGAGAAAGGAAUACGUAAGGCAACAAGGACUAGCGGAGUCGAUUUUCAGGGACAUGAGGGUCGGGUUUGGUAAAUGGGAGUUCGAUCCAAUGGAGUUAGAAAACCCUUUCGAGAAGGAGGAGGAUGGCAGUGUUCAUUUGUGGCAAGGGGAUGAAGACGGGCUCGUACCCACGAGUUUACAGAGAUAUAUAGCUAAAAAAUUACCAUGGAUUCACUACCAUGAGAUCCCUGGUGUUGGUCAUUUGCUACCAAAUUAUGAUGGUAAAAAAGAAGCCAUUCUAAAGGCACUUCUACUAGGGAAAAACUGAGUGUUUUUGAUAUAACUAAUUAGUGCAUUCUGUUUUCUAAUUGAUAAGUUGAACAACAUAUAGAUGUAGCACGUCUUGAUAUACAGAAUAAUAGAAAGUUGGUGUGAAAAUCGUGCUCGAUAUUAUUUCGAAUUGAAUGUGUCAAUCGGGGAGCAAAUGAUUGUUUGAGUGUAUGUUUACAAGCACUUUAUAAGUUGUAAUUUAGUUG